UCCUCACACACUCUCCUUCUCUUUGACUUUCUUUCCAGUGUCUCUCAGAGCUGUGUGUGCUGCUCCUGCUUCAUCUAUCAUUAUUCAUCUCCACUGUGUGUGAGAUAACUUCUGCCUCUGAGAUCAGUUUCAGGAGUUCCAAGAGCAUUCAUUCUGAGUUUCAUUCAGAAAUCUGAAGACAUCAUGAAGUUUGAUCUGCUGCUGCUGUUUGCCCUGGUUGGGUAUUUUUGUACCAUCACACAUGCAAGUACUCUUGUGGUACCCACAGAAGCGGAGUCGGCGCAAGUGACAGGGGCUUUCGUGCCCACUGAGGCUUCAGAAACGUUUAAGGAGGAGGAGGCUGCUCCAGACAAAGUUGUCACCGAAGCACCGGCAUCAGCUGCUACUGAACCUGCUGUGGAGAACGGAGAGACGCCAUCACCUCAUACUGAAGUUGCUGUGGAGGAAACAGUGGCACCAUCAGUUGAUAAUGAAAAUCAGACGGAACAAACAGAAACACUGUCAGCUCAUUCUGAAGCUCCUGUGGAAGAAAAAGAAACACCAGUAGGAGUUACCGAAGCUCCAGCAGAAACAACUGAAGCAGCUGUGGUGACGGAGGACACUACAGCCACAGAAGGUACACCUAAAGUUACUGAGGCAGCAGAUGAAGCUCCAAAAACAGGGCUGCAAGACACGUCUAAAGGGCCAAAAACAGAACCAGAGUCUGGCCAAAUGAUCGAAACAGAUCAGGUGGAAGUGGAAGACUCAGAGGGUAUGAGCACAGGUCACGUGGUGGGCAUUGUGUUUGGUGCACUGGUCGCUGUGGUCAUCAUCAUUGCAGUGAUAGUCGUGGUGGUCAGGAGGAUGGGCCAAUACACCCCCUGAAAAGGAAGGCGAAGCGACAGGAAGAAAAGAAGAAGAAGAAGAAGUUCUGGAAAUUCUGAACUACUGAACUGAUGUCAUUUCCUGUCAUUAAAUAAGCAAGCUAGGAGCACUCUAAACAUCCAGGACUAUUAGGGCAGCGUCCUGCCUACCCCCAACCCUAGAGCCAUUGAUAUGGACGCUCUGCCCUUCCCCCAUUAACCUCCACCAUGCGACACUCCCCCCCCGCCCCAACCUCCACCAUGUCCCCCCAUUCCCCGCCAAAGAUUAAGACAGGAAGUAAAGGAAGAGGAAGAAUUAAAAUGUGUAACAUAUAGUUAUAACACGUCUGGGUUGUUAUGAGGACCUAAUGAACAAACACAUUAACAACCAACAAAUACAAAAAAAAAAGACUAAAAUUUCUUUAAAAAUAAUGGGGAGAGUUGAGUUAAAUUAGAGAAAUGCAAAAUAUUACAAAGUGUAAAUAACACAAAAAAUGGUCAUAACUCACCAGGCUUAACCUUUUCUUUUUUAUAGCAUUCUAUGUAUCGAAAGCAUGCAUGCACACAUACUAGCAGUCCUUGAGUCUGUAUGCACAUUCAGUUCCAUGUGGCACGACAACAUUAACGUCCUGCAGUAGUAUGACGCAUAAAAGGCAUCUUAUGACCAGAUUACAGACAGAUGGAAAGAUAAAGAGACUGUAACCUGUUGUAAGCUGUCCCAUGCAGAUCCUGUAAGGACAAAUUGGACCUGUAUGAUAUUUUUCCUAUGUUUCUGUAUCUAGUAGCUUUAAUCCUGGCAUAUAAAACUUUGAACAUUAACAGAAUGGCUAGCAGCUCGGAUACUUUCUAUGUUCAACUCUUGCAGUUCAUUAAUGUGAAUUUGAAUUGACGUGGUUGUGUUUAACAGCCUCCCUUUUCAGCAGUAAUCACAUCAUAUUUACUUUGCUCCACAGUAUAACGCCAGUGUGAAUGCUGCAAAGUUUUGCAACCAGAAUAAUUUUUGGAAAUUUUGUUCAAUCUGGAAAACAUUUAAGAAGCUUAGAGACACUCAGUCUCAUCAGCCUUUGACAUCAUGUGGUCUGGCUAACAGACUUGUGUGUUAACCUCAGGUUCACUGGACUAGAAGUGGCUCUUUUUGCUACUUAAUUAAGGGGUGUGUGUUAUGCUGUGCUUGCUUUAAUAUGUGCACUGACUGAAACAAUGUUUAAUGUAAAAGGGUUUGAGACACUGCAACUAUUUGCAACGAUACCUUUUUUAUGCUUAGUCUAUACGCCAGGUCCUCACUUUACUGUCUGCUGUCUAAGUCAUUUUAUUUAAUUGCAGUGUUUUUUUUUCUUUAUGGAUGUUCAUACUGUUUCAGUAAAAAAGUGAAAACUGA